GAAAAGAAAUGAAGGAUUUAAAGCGAAAGGUCAUGCCAGAGAACGGAUGCACCCUCCCCUUCCGAUUUUGCAAUGUGAAAAUAUUUCAUCCAUGACUUCGCGUGCAACACGCACAAUAUGCAUAGAAUAGCUAUCUUGCUGAUACCACAGUAAAUAAUCUUCUAUUAUAAUAUCGUUGGCCCAUCAUUAUUAUACCCACUUUAAUACAUCAACUAAUCUUUACAGUAUAUUUAUGCUUGCGAACCUAAAUAUCUUUAUUCAUUUGAUUUCAUUUUUGAUUCCGACUCCAAGAAAUGGCCAAAAAAGAAAUGAUGUAAAGGGUAGAACAUGUAUUUAUUUUCUACAUUUUUCAAUUGUAGAAUGUAUUGUGCCUGUUUUUCAAAUCCCAUGUUAUUAACGCUACACUGGAUAAUUUACUUUGGGAACGAGUGGGAGAGUGAUAAACUAAAAGUAAACUCCCUAAUAAUUAAUUCGUUUGUGUUUCCUUCUAGAGAAAUUCACAAAAAACUGGCAAACCAAAAAGUUGCCAUUUUGUGCACACCUAAGACAAGAAUAGUUCAAAAUGUCGACUUUUUACAUUAGUACAAGUAUUACACCUAACAGUGACAAUGGACGUUGCAGGUAGACCGUGCUCUAAUGAUAUGCUGUACAUUGCCGUAAUGGCCCUGGACUGCACUUUCUCGUUUAGGAAUCGUCUUCUUAUGUUGCCAUCCUAGCAGAAAAUAUCACUAGAAUCUAGUUACCCCACGCCCUACCACUGUUAGAUGCAAUAAAGCAAGCACUGAUAAAGCACUGCGUGAAUCCUUGCAAGAGGUCGACAAUUUUAUCAAUUUCUGCAUCAGGCAUCGAAAAACGGCAACUUCUGGGUUCGCUAGUUUCUCUGCAAUUUUCUCUAAAAGAAAGCAAAAACGCGAAAGUUCCUAUAAGAGUUUUCUCUCGGUUUAUCAGUUCGUUCUCAAAGUUUUGACAUUUAAAUUAGGUAGGAUAACAUAGGUCGCGCCAGCGCUUCGACGUCCUGUUCUUUCCCUGGCUUACUUUCUUCUCCUUCUUCUACCUCGUCGGUAUUCAAUCUCACUCAUCCUCCGUUGAUAACUUACUACCGACUCCAUUCUCUCCUCGUCUUUCCAAACUUUCAUCUUUCCUACCACAAGCCUACCCCUCCUUUCCCUGUCAAUCGCCAUCGAAUUUCUUCACUUUAUCGCCUACUCCGUUCCUAUUUUCUGUCUUAAUACUUUCUCGAACACUUCUUCGCAACUUCUCCUCAUUUUGUCAUCUUACAUCAAUGCAGUUCUUCCUGCUUCUGCGGCCGAUCUAUCUUCUUUCAUCGCUUCCCCAACUAUGCGUAAAUUAUAACUUAGAACUGUCUAAAGCUACCUACACCGGGAAAAGAAAUUUCAUUGAACCAAACAAACGUUUCUUUGCUUUAAUGAAAUUUUUUUCCUGAGUAUAGCCUCCAAUUCCCAUUUCAUACAUUUUAUUUCGACUUCUGCUAUUCCUUUUCAAUGUUUCCUCUCCCAUACUUCCACCCCGUAAAAUACACUCCUCAUCUGUGUAUUCUUAAUUAUUUAUUAGUCUUCAGUAUACUGUAAUUAAUUAUUAUACGUUAAUUUUUAAAUAUCCUUAAAAUUAACAAAUUCUAUUUUUCCAGGCCUUUGAAUUCGGAGCCAGUAUUCCAAUGCCUCAUCUUCAAAGGGGGAAGAUCCGUAAAGGAAGGAUUCCGGAAUAAGAAUUGAAGAAUGGUACAACCUAAGCGGCGUAUGGAAUUAUUUGCUUAACGUAGCAGCAAAUAAUAUUAACUACGUCGCUUGAUGUUUCUUCACGAUGCCAAUGACAGCCGGUGCCAACAAAUGGGCCUCGAGAGCUGUCGUAGUUUUACAGCUGGCCGCGUGGAGUGCGGUUGGCAUCGUACUCCUUCAAAAGGGUGUAACUUCUCUUCAAAAGGUGGAUAUGAAGAACUAUACCCAAGUUCAGAUAGUCUCAGGAAGUAAAGUGGCAUUCGGCAUGCCCGAGGCAGACCUAGAAACAACGGUGCCAAAUGAGUUGUCCGUAAUACCAUUACAAGAAGAGUCAAAAAAUACACCAAACAACGGGAAUCCACCACCGAACAGUGAAAAAGUGAUUUGGAAAAACGAUGUUCCAAACGAAGGCGUCGGAACCGAAUCUCACAGCUGGGCAGUGGAGUUUGCUGAGAAGAGUUUGAAGAGCCUCCAGGAAUCCAGAGACUCUCGCAUGUUACAGAUAGAAGAUAAGAUGUUUAAAACGGAGCCAAGAAUAGUUAACGACGAAGGGAAAGGCGAGAAAAACGAAGAUCCGAAAAUGGAGACAGAUUUCUCGAAUGAUUAUGAGAAAUCGAGCAAGAACCGAAAUCUCAAUAGCGAAGUCGACGUCCUCCGCGAGAGCAAAAGGAUGAACCUCGAAGAGGUUUACGGACCUAAGUCGAUACCUAAGAUGAGGAUUAACGAAGAAAUUCAAGAGACAACGGAAGGAUCUUUUAAAGAAAACCCUGAGCGUAAGACGUCUCAAGAGAUUCGCCCGAUAAACAUCACCGAAUUGCUUAAUUCUUUGCAAGAUAAUUCGGCCAGCAGGAAUGCUGGGAGUAAAUUUAAUUCUGCGGGAAUUAAGGACAAUGCAUUGACGCCCGAUCAAAUGCCAUGGCGUAGGGACCGAUUGAGGAUAUAUGCUGCCGAGGUCGAAGAACAACGGAACGUCACAACGGAAUCUGCACCUGUGCUGGACACGAGAAGGAGAGAAACCACGUGGGAGCAUCGCAGGAAGCACAGGUUGUCGCAUCUUACCGGAGGAGGUGCUGCAGCUGCAGUUGCCAUGGUGGCCGUAGGUGCAGUUAUGCUAAUCCUGGGACCGGCUGUCAUAAUUUUGAGGGCCUUAGACGAAAGGCGCCAGGAGAGGAGGUUUCUAAAAUUGUCCGGCCAGGACGAUCCUCCACCCACCUACGAGCAGGCUACCUUGAUGGACGAGGCACCUAGGUACUCCACCUUAAGCCUGAACACCAUCCUUGGACCACCUCCUCCACCUUCUCCGGGGCCAACACCUCCAAGAGCACAGCUCGUCUAGUAUUUAACUCGUACCUGUUUUUCAUACAAAGAAACGCGAGAAUCGCGAAUCACCAAUGAUAUUACAUCUGCAGCUAACCUUUAUCACUCCAAGAAUAUUAGAAGAGUAUAAGAAGUUGGCAUUGUUACUGCCGGUUGGAGUGAUAAGGGUUAAUAUCGUCGCUGUGGAUAUAGUCGCUAUAAUUUUGUACCCACCAUCGUUACCGAGUAAGCGUAAUGAGUAACGAAGAGGUCGUUGUACUUGUUCAAUUUACACGAUCUUUCGUCCUCUUAUAGAACAGAGGCUCUUAAUGGACAAGACUUUCAGUUGUCAUGUUGGGAUUACCCUUUCAGUUAUCAUUUUCGUGAUGUCGAGAUGAUGCGAAAGUGACGUCUGAGGAGUGAAUCGUUUAUGGAGCUUUUCUCCGAACUGGGUGUACCGAGUUGUUUGACAUUUUACCAUGUAAUUAAGAAGGCUCCGAGGAAGGUUCUGACGAAAUUUCAUUAUUUAUAGAAAUAAAUUUUUUAAUGCUUAUGAACAAAUUUUUAAAAAUGACAUUUUAGUGUAUCAGAAAGCUUUCCUUAGAGUCGCCGUAUUCGUGUGAUGAAAUGUCAAGCGGUUCGAUACCAAACCACCCAAAAAUUUCAUUCUUUAUAGAAACAAAUUUGUUAAUGCUUAUGAACAAAUUUUUAAAAAUGAAAUUUAAAGUGUAUCAGAAUGCUUUCCUUAGAGUCGCCGUAUUCGUAUGAUGAAAUGUCAAACGGUUCUAUACCAAACUUCUCGGACGCUCCUUUCAUAUCAACUAUAAAAUUGAAGAUCAAAUGGCCUAUGACGGAAAUGAAUAUUCUCUAAGCAAAAAGGAUGAAACUGUUAGUUUCUUAUGAAUUGUUGUUUUCCUAAGUAGACGAUCAUUUCUGUCGGCUUAUGAUCAGAAGACCCUGAUAGACUAACUAUAAAUGUUGCAAAUAUUUCAAUAUAAUUCUUGAAAUGCUUCCACCUCUUCUCGCGGGGUGGGUACCUGUAAAGAUACAUACAUAAUAUAGCUUUAAACCUCCAAUGAUCGUAUGCAUUAUGACUUCGAACCUCCAUAAACGUAACUGAACGCUUUAUGUUUGUACCUGUUUCAAUAUUCGGAGACGAAAAAUAUUCGUAGGUAAUGGAAGUAUCCAAGUUACGAAGCUACAGCUGAAGUAGUAGCUGUAGGUUGAAUCAUGACUAUCGUAAGAUUAAUGUCCUUAAUCUUCGGAUUAAUGACUGCUAAUCGUCUCAAGAAAUCGUAUUUCUCAAGCUGUCAAAGGAGAACGAUAUUCCGUUAACCUGCAAGCAAUCAACCGUAAUAGACAGUUUCAAGAUCUGUGACCUUGAAUUUAUGAAUCCUUGAACCAGUUCAGGUUCUUUUUGCUUGGGAUCUUUGUGAAGCCAAGUCUAGGGUGACUUUGUGAUCGACUUCUGAUCUUUUUUGUCACUUGCAUGAUUUCGCCAGAAGUGCACGCAAUGAACAUAAAUCGAACGGCAAUUUCCUUUCCUCGUCUUUAAUCGCGACCUCGUUAUCGAUAAAGAUGCGUCAGACCGUACACUGGAAAUGUACAGUCAUGUUUUAGAAUAGACUUUUAAACCUGCUAAAUGAAAUCGAAAAAAAUGUAGAGUACGCUAUAAAUAUUAAGGCGGUAGUUUUUAUAUUCGCUAGAUUCAGGUUCGCUUGAAAAGAUUUUAAAGACAUGAAAAAUCCGAAAAGAAGUCUUUCCUACGGCUAAUCAUUUCAAGAACUUAGAACUCAAUACAAAGAAAUGCAGAACAUUACAUGUGUAUGUGUUCUUCAAAUAUCAGUAAUACAUAACAUGACAUGAGUUGUGACGUAAAAAUAAUUUAACGAAUGCUGUAACUUAUUUUAAUUGCUUAGCACAAUUUUAAUAGGUCUUACUUUUCCCCUCGUUAAGCGAUAUCGCGUCGGAUGUUAAAUAAACAUCCAUUAGAUCAGAUAUAGAUAAUUAACCGUAACAUUUUUUACGAAACACUUUUCACCAAUGCCAACAUUUUGUGUCAGAUGUAUGUGUGGCCAAUUUUACGCUGUUUUAGCAUAGCGACAAUAAACACUCUUCAUUGUUAUAUAAACAUUAGGAAUUGCAAUGUACAGAGUGAUGCAGUUUCUCAAAGCAUCGCAACACUGGAGUAAUGAUUUAAUAUGAAACCAACUGAUCGAAACAUUCAAGACUGUUACGUACUAAAGACUCUUGUAAAAACCACUUUAUCGUCUUUUGAUCAUAUUUGUUUGAGUUAUUCAUUGAGCGAUGACUUAUUGCUUUUAAUGAUAUUAGGCGAAAUGUAAAUGCUUAACGAGCGGUUCCUCGGAACACUUUCGUCUUAAUGGUUCCUUUUUAUUAGCGUGUCUCGAUUCUAGGAAAUAAGUUUCCAGGUGGUCAAUGUAUGUACAUGCACGUGUAAACGCUUAAGUACUCGAAUAGUUUUAAGUAAUUUACGAGGAAUUCUCUCCGUCCAUUACAAACUUAGCACUCAAAGCGUUUCAGACUCAAGGGGGUCCGAUAAUUGGCUGACCCAGGAAGGUCUCGACUGACAAUUAUGAUUAAUUGACUGGGAAUUGACUCGCACAAUAUGUCGAACCGCAUCUAUAAAACCUCUCAAAUAUGUUUAUAAUUUGCUCUCCAAUUGCAUUACCCUGGAGGAUUCUGUUUUCCAUGUUUAUGCCUUUUAAACGAUGCGAAUAUUAUUACCUCUUUGACGUGAUAUUGCGCUGGCGAUUGAUUGAUAAUGCAAACGAAUUCUUAAUUAGCAAAAAUCUCCGAUCGCGUAUGUAAAUAAGGAAUUUCACGAUAAGGAACAACCAUGGAAAUUUAUAAGACGACGUAUGUAAUGUGUGAGCUAAAAGAUAAUAAGUAUAAUAUUCUAUAUUUAUAUUGUAAUGAAAUAUUGCGCAACGAAACGGUGUUGUGAGAAAUGUAAAAUAAAG